GUGUCUGCGGCCAAGGGGCUCGCGCUGGAGCGUCUCCUAGCAACCGGGGCGGGGCGCUGGGAGUCGCGCGGAGAUGGAGCCGCAGCGGGGCCGCGCGGCAGCUGCCCUGCUGUCAGAGUCCUUGCCCGGCCGGAGGCGGCGUGAGGAGGUGCGGGGGCCGCCGGAGCCCACACAGCAGAGCAGCAGUUGGGCCAAGCGCCUGCUGGGCUUCGAAUGGGCUGAUGUGUCCAGCUGGCACCGCUUCGUCUGCCUGCUCAACAGACCCACGGACCCGGCCUCCCUGGGCGUCUUCCGCUUCCUGUUCGGGUUGCUGAUGGCCCUGGACAUCCCCCAGGAGCGCGGCCUGAGCUAUCUGGACCAUAAGUACCUGGACGGGCUGGAGGUCUGUCGCUUCCCCCUCAUCAACUUCCUGGAGCCCCUGCCGCUGGACUGGAUGUACCUGCUCUACGCAGUCAUGCUGCUGGGUGCCCUGGGGAUCAUGCUGGGCUGCUGCUACCGGCUGAGCUGCCUGCUCUUCAUGCUGCCCUAUUGGUACAUCUUCUUCUUGGACAAGACGGCCUGGAACAACCACUCGUACCUCUACGGCCUCCUCGGCUUCCAGCUCACCCUCAUGGACGCCAACCGCUACUGCCACCUGCAAAACCAAACCAACUUCCUCCAGCCGCAAACUCUGCGUGACAGCAGGAUGGAGAUCGGCCACGCUACUGAUGAAUACGCAUCGCGAACAGCCGUCAGGCUCAGUUUCUGUGAGCCAGGCCUCAUGCCAAGGGGCAGGGUAGAGCCCAAAGGCGAGGCACCGCUGUCACUCUGGUGUCAUGUUGGUGCCCCUCUCCUGGAGCUGCAGGACAGGUCCAUCGAUGGGCUCCGGCACCCGCGGAAGAGGAACGCUCACGUGCCCCUGUGGAACUACACGGUGCUGCGCAUGCAGAUCUUCAUCGUCUACUUCAUUGCGGGCAUCAAGAAGCUGGACGCUGACUGGGUGGAAGGCUACUCCAUGGGGUCGUUGUCCCGCCACUGGCUCUUCGACCCCUUCAAGCUGGUGCUGUCUGAGGAGAUGACCAGCCUGCUGGUGGUGCAUGGUGGAGGCCUGGUGCUGGACCUGACGGCUGGUUACCUGCUGUUCUUCGACGCCACCCGCCCAGCAGCGCUCAUCUUCGUCUCCUACUUCCACUGCAUGAACUCGCAGCUCUUCAGCAUCGGCAUGUUCUCCUACACUAUGCUUGCCACCAGCCCCUUGUUCUGCUCCCCGGACUGGCCGCGCCGCCUGGGUGCCAGGUUCCCGGCCUGUCUCCGAAGGCUCCUGCCCUCCGUGGAGCCGCCGCAGCCCAGCGAGGCGUGCGUGUACAGGGGGUCUGAGCGCAAGGGCCGGGGCAGGGGGGAGCGAGGGCCGGGGCUGCGCCAGAAGCUGGGUGCCCUCUUCACCGUGCUGUACGUGCUGGAGCAGCUCUUCCUGCCCUACUCCCAUUUCAUCACCCAGGGCUACAACAACUGGACCAAGGGGCUGUACGGCUACUCGUGGGACAUGAUGGUCCAUUCCCGCUCCCACCAGCACGUGAAGAUCACCUACCGGGAUGGUGUGACCGGGGAGUUGGGCUACCUCAACCCUGGGGUGUUCACCCAGAGCCGGCGCUGGAAGGACCACGCUGACAUGCUGAAGCAGUACGCCACCUGCCUGAGCCGCCUGCUACACAACUACAACGUCUCGCAGCCUGAGAUCUACUUCGACAUCUGGGUCUCCAUCAACGACCGCUUCCAGCAGAGGCUCUUCGACCCGCAGGUGGACAUCGUGCGGGCCGAGUGGUCUCCCUUCUCCCACACUCCAUGGCUCAAGCCGCUGCUGGUCAACCUGUCCCCCUGGAGGGCAAAGUUGCAGGAGAUCGAGAGCUCGCUGGACAACCAGACUGAGGUGGUUUUCAUCGCUGAUUUCCCAGGCCUGCACCUGGAGAACUUUGUGAGUGAGGACCUGGGAAACACGAGCCUGCAGCUGCUGAAGGGGGAGGUUGUGGUGGAGAUCAUCAAGGAGCAGAGGAACUACACGCUGCAGGAAGGGGACAGGAUGCAGCUGCCCCCGGGCGAGUACCACAAGGUGCACACAGUGUCGCCAGAGCCCUCCUGCUACAUGUACAUCUACGUCAACACCACGGAUGUGGCCCUGGAGCGGAACCUGACCCAGCUGCAGGAGCUGCGGGACAAGGUGCAGAAUGGCAGCGAGACGGAGCCCCUACCCCCAGAACUGCAGCCCAUCCUAGAUGGUGCCCUGGGGGAUGCCAUGCAGACUGAUCCCGUUGUCCAGGCCUUCGUGCAGCGCCAGCAGCGAUUGGAGGAGCUGCAGAGACGGCGAAAUGCCACCCUCGGGGAGCGGCUGCAGCGCUUCGCUGCCAGGAAGUACUUCCUGUUCCGCCGGAGCUUCCUGAUGACCUGGAUUUCGCUCAGGAACCUGGCGCUGGGGCGCCCGUCCCUGGAGCACCUGGCACGGGAGGUGGCCUACGCCAACAUGCAACAGGAGACGGGUGCAGCGGGGACGGAGGGGGUGCAGAAGGAGCCAGAGCGGGCUGAGCUCUGACCCUAGGGGGGACGGCCCAAGGACACAUUGCAGACGAGGGAUUCCCUCCCCCCAUAAUCUCAGCUUGAUCGCUCAGUGCAUCCUGGGAUAGGCACAUGCCCUUGGGUCCUCCCGCUUCUGCUGGGCUGAUGGGGAGCAGUGCUCAUGCAAGGGGGACCAGGCCCCUGCUCACAGCCCAAGACCCUCAAGUGAAAAGGCCUGGUGAGCAUCAGACCUGGGCCCACAGCACCACAGAGCCUGAGCCCCACGCUGCCCACGGCUCGGCCAGGCUGUCUGUCCCGGGGAGAACUGAGCUUGGGCAGCAGGGAGUUGCCCCACAGUCUGGCUCUGUGCCAGCACCUACUGCCCGCAAUAAAUGGGAAAAGUGUGUGAACAGGUCGGGGAGUAGAGCAUGGGGCUGGGAGCCAGGACUCCGGGGUUCUCUCCCCAGCUCUGGGAGGGGAGUGGGGGCUAGUGGUUAGAGAAGCAGCCUGGGGUCAGUACUCCUGGAUUCCAUGCCUGGUUCUACCAUGGACUCAUUGUGGUGCUGGGGACAGACUUGCUCAACGCUGAGCUGCCUCGGGGGAAGAGCUGGCCAGGCUGGGGUCAUUAGGUGGAGCGCGGGGGGGCUGUCUGAUCACUGGGGGCGGGAGGGAUGGCUUCU